AUGAGUAAAGAAAAGACUUUUCAGAUCAAAUCUCUAGAGAGUGAACAUAAUUGUUGUAGGGUGUUUAAGUUUGGGUCAAUAGUAACUUACAGAUGGAUAGGGAAACAUUUUAUGAGUCAAAUUAUAGAGAUCCCAAAAAUAAGUGCAAAGAAGAUGAAAGCUAAAGUGUCAACGACAUUCAACAUAAAUGUGAGUGUGGGGCAAUGUAUAAAUGCAAAGAAAUUUGCAUUACAAGAGAUUGAGGGAAGUCUAAUUGAACAUUAUGGGAGAUUGUGGUCAUAUGGUGAGGAAAUUAUCAGGUCAAAUCUUGGGUCUACUAUGAGGUUGGAUGUAGACAUCAUGCCAGAUUCCAUAACUUUGUUUUCCAAGUUCUAUGUGUGUUUCAAAGUUGUAAGGGAUGGUUGGUUAGAAGGGUGCAGGCCUGUAAUUAGGCUUGAUGGUUGCUUUUUAAAGGGUAUAGUUAUAGGAGAAGUUCUUUCGGCUGGUGGGAGAGAUGUAAACAACCACAUCUACCCUAUAACAUGGGCUGUGGUAUGUGUUGAGAAUAAAGAAACAUGGAAGUGGUUCAUAGAUUUGCGUAUGGAUGACAUUAAUGGUGGUCUUGGUGCAGACAUUACCCUUCUUUCUGAUGGACACAAGGUUAGGUUAUUACAAGUAGUUAAGGAAAGAUGUCCAGAAGCUGAACAAAGAAUGUGCGCCAGACACAUUGUGGCCAAUUUUAGUAAAAGGUUUACUGGUCAAGAAUACAUGAAGUUAUUUUGGAGGGCUGUAAGGGCUAGUACUGUGGAGAAGUUCAGAGGUGUAAUGGAGAAGAUCAAAUCUAUUGAUACUUAUGCUUAUGAUUACCUUAUAGACAGAGAUCCUGCUACUUGGUCUAAGGCUUUCUUUCAAGAAGGAAGAGAUUGUGAUGCAGUGGAGAAUGGGGUCAGUGAGAGUUUCAAUUAUGCUAUUAGACAUGCUAGAAGGAUACCUAUAAUCACUAUGCUGGAGGAGAUUAGGUUAUUUGUGAUGGAAAGGAUAUACACUAAAAGAGUUGAAGGAAUGGAAUGGGAUUUGGAUAUAUGUCCAAAAAUUAGGAAGCGUAUAGAAGAGUUGAAGGUUAAACAGAGAUUGUGGGCAGUUACUCCUUGUGGUUAUCAAAAGUAUGAGGUUAGAUUUAAUGAUGUUGCAUAUGGAGUGGAUCUAAUUGCAAAGAAGUGUUUAUGUAGAAUAUGGCAAAUUACGGGGAUACCAUGCUUACAUGGAGUGGCAACAAUCUCUUACCUAAAUCAUGAUGUAGAGAUAUAUGUGUCCCAAUUAUACACUAGUAAGGCUUACCUAAAAUGCUACAAAUAUAGCAUUAAUCCUCUCAGUAGUAGUGAUAUGUGGCCAGAUGUUCCAUACCACAAGCCUUUGCCUCCCAAAAGAAGAAGAUUACCUGGUAGGCCAUCAAUGAAAAUGAAGAGGGAUGCAAUUGAAAGAGAGCUGAAUGGAGCAAGUAGACAAACUGUCACAAGAAGGGGAAGCCUAAUAAGGUGUGGUAUUUGUAAGGAACCAGGUCACAACAAGAAAAAGUGUCCAUCUAACCAACAAAGAAAUACAUCAGGUUAA